AUGAGUUAUUUCCAUCUCGCAAUCAAGAUGAAUAAGAAACUUUCUAUGCGAGCACUUGCAUCAUAUGUAUUUCCAGAUUUUGUUGACAAAGACGGAAAUUCAUAUCUUCACUAUGCUGCAUUGUCUAAUGAUCGUGAAAUUACAUACAUUUGUCUUCAUGUUCAAGAGAAAUACAUUGUUUACAACAAUGAAAACAUGAGUCCAUUGAUGCUUGCAUCAUCAAUCAACUCAUUCCGAUACAUUGAUCAAUUCAUUGAUUUUUGCGAUAAACACUGGAUUCCUAUCAAAGACAAAUAUCGAUCAUUAUUUCUUGCAGUAAUGAAUAGAAGUUUUGAUUCUUAUUAUUCAAUCUUGAAAAUAAUUUUAUGUUCUGUUGACCCAAAUUCAGAAAAUACGAAAUAG